CUGUGGUGCAAUACUUUGUCCAAUGCCGAAUCACGCCAUUUUUUAUCGUUCCUUUCUCAAGAGGUGCAGCACGUCGAUGACGAGCGGGUGAUUGACACGUGAGAUUCAGAGUAUAGAAAACGCGUAUAUCGCAUCAAGGUGUAGAACAGACAUUACUAGAGUUCCAGGCAUGGCCUCGCCCGUUUCCUGCCUUUUCGCUGUAGCACUUCUGCUCGUGCUGGUCCAUCAGCACGCCGCAGGAAAAAUAGAUACCUUUGAUCUCGAAAAGGAGGUGGAGAGGUCCGUACAACGCCGGGCCAAGGAAUUGAAUAUGGAACUAGUCUGGUGGGACGUUCAUGGGAAUCAUGACGAGAUCAAGAGGCUUCACUUCCAAGGACCACCGGUGACUGCGACAGCGGGACCUGUGGUGUAUGGUGCACCCAAGAGCUCAGCAAUGCGACCAAACGUGGUCUAUACUCAGUGGGUCCACAAUGGACAGGCGAAUUCGUCCCAGACGACCACCAUAGCAAGAUCGACCCAGCACAAGAAGACAGCCACCUGGCACGUUGAAAGUGGUUUCAGUUAUUCCGGCUCCGUGACAGCCAGUGCCAGUUUAUUUUUUGUCAACAUUAAGGCUACACUCCAAAUAGGCUUAGACUUGAAAGGGGGAUACCGUGAAGAAGUUUCUGAUACGGAGACGUUCUCGGUAAAUCAUGUCGUCACCGUGCCUCCCAUGAAGUCCGUCAAGAUUGACUGGAUCAUCACAGAUUCCGUGCAGGAAGUUCCUUGGACGUCUACCGUGACCUUAACCGGGUAUAUCCGUACGAAGUGGAAGGCAGACCUCAACUUUCUCUACUACGACUACCGUUAUUGCACUCUCGGCUGUCUACGAGAUUCCCGUCUUAAGCACGCAGGAAACGGCACGUUCCUAUACACUUCUAAUGGAACGUUUACGGGAGUCAAAGGACACGAGGCGCAUCUUCUCAUCACGGAGUACGAUUAUCAGGCGUACGGAGGAAGGUUUCGGCGGUCAGGGCAUCGAACAUUCCUUAGAGCCAGACGCCGCAUACGCCUGCGUCGAAGACUUUGUGAUACUUGAAAUCUUCUACAUCGGACGAAAAUAAAUAUUCUUAUGUUGGA